AUGUCAAGAAAUGGUAGAGCUGGCUACUGCACCACAAUUGAAGAUACACAAGGAGUUCAUCCUAGAAAACUAAAGUUGAUUAAGCAAAAAGUCAGUCAAGAUACUAAGGAUGAUUUAAACAGUGAAGAUGAAGAACAGCAAAGAGUCAGUCAAGAUACUAAGGCUGAUUUAAGCAGUAAAGAUGAAGAACAUUUUAAUACUGAAGAAGAAAAACAAGAUUCUGACAGUGGUUCUCAAGAUUCAGAUGCUCUGAAGGAAGAAGAAACUGUUUGGAGAGAUGAUAUGGCUUUCCUUCAUCACUUGAUCACUUGUUACAGACAGUUUAAGAAAACAGGAUGCUUCCUAAAGUAA